AUGAGUCGUUCCUCUUCUGUUCAAAUGGAUAGGAGAAGCAGCGGGAGAUUGCACUUAUCAGGAGGUAGCAGAAGAAGCCUAAAAGAGGUUGAUGAGACAUUAUCAGCAGCAGUGGAGGUCUCAACAUCUGAGAAUGAUGGGAGAAAUGACAAGAUGUAUGUGGCAGUGGCAAAGGAGUUCGCGACUGGGAAGGACCACCUUGUUUGGGUGCUCAAGAACAACCCUAUGAUCAAAAAGAUAGUACUCAUCCAUGUCCAUGUACCCUCUCCAGUAGUCCCUAUGAAGGGAGCUUGGUUUCCAGCAAACCAGCUAGAGCCAGAGGAGGUCAAAGCAUACAGGCAGAUUGAGCAGGAGACGAUGCAAAGAGCUUUAAAUGAAUAUAUUGAUGGAUGCUCAAGUAUCAAAGAGGUGCAAGUUGAGAAACUGGUCAUUGAGGCAGAUGACAUUGGUCAGGGACUGCUACAACUCAUCUCCCAACAUAGAAUUACCAACCUUGUUAUGGGUGCUGCUGGAGAUAAACAUUAUACGAACAACAUGAAGGAGCCAAAGUCAAGGAAGGCAUUGAUGCUACAACAGGAAGCUGCUUCAUUAUGCAAAAUCUGGUUCAUAUGCAAAGGGAACCUCAUAUGCACAAGGGAAGCUGAACUUUAUGGAUCGGGAACAAUGAAUGUGCAGACAGAUAUCCCACCCAGACAAUCCGAGAGCAACUUGAAAACCUCACCACAAAUUCAUGGGAAAUACCUCAGUUUCUACCUGAACACUAUUGAAGAUGCACUGAAGAAAAAGCCCCUAUCUAUCACUUCUGCUCCAAAUAAUGAAGCCAAAAUGGGGGCAUUUGUUCAAGAGAAACACGGCUAUCCAUCAAAUCCAGAGAGCAAAGGAGAAAUUGUUCUUGAUCUUUUGGAAGGGAUUUCAAAGGGUUCUGGGAGCUCAAUAAAAUCAGUGAAUGAGAAGAUUUUCAGUAAUACAAGUUCAAUAAGGAUUCUCAUGAAUGAGGAAAUGGAAGGAGAGCCAUUUAUCUUGCCAUUGGAAGAGGCUAGGUUAGAUGAUGAGUUGUACAAAGAUCUCAAGCAUGCUGUCACAGAGGCAAAGAACUUAACUCAAGAAGCUUAUGAACACUCAAUGGGGUGUCAAAAAGCUGAAAGGGAUUUACAUGAGGCCCCACAGAAAGCCAAAACAAUAAAGCAAAGAAGAGAAAUUGAGGCACGACCUUCACUAGAAAAGAGGGAAUCAGAAGAGUUAAAAAGGCAAUUAGGUGAAAUGUUUGAAGAACUACAAGAGUCUCACGAGCAAAUAGAGUCACUUGAACUCCAAUUGGCUGAUUCAAGGAAGACAUCCAGGGAUCUCAAAAAGAAGCUAUUCGAUACACAUUACUUCCUCACCUCACUCCAACAUAAGUAUGUGGAACUGAGGAGUGAGCGGGAUGAUGCAAUCAGAGAGGCUGAGCAACUGAGGCAAAAGAUAGUGGAGCUGAUGGCUGAUGGCAUUCAUGGCACAGAGAUCUUCACAGAAUUCUCCUACUCUCAGUUGGAACAAGCAACCAACAAUUUUGACCCUUCAUUGAAGGUUGGAGAAGGCGGAUACGGAAGCGUGUAUAAAGGAGUGCUUUGCCAAAAAACAGUGGCUAUAAAGAUGUUAAAUUCUGAAGGCAUGCAAGGGCAAAAGGAGUUCCACAAAGAGGUUAAUGUUCUGAGUAAACUGAGACACCCAAACCUGGUUCGCCUCAUAGGUGUCUGCCCUGAAGCCUGGGCUCUCGUGUACGACUUCCUCCCCAACGGCAGCCUGGAGGACCGCCUCAACCGCAAGGACAACACACCGCCGCUCCCCUGGCCGCUCCGCCUCCGCAUCGCCACCGAGAUCUGCGCGGCCCUCGUCUUCCUCCACUCCAACCCCGACCUCACGGUCGUCCACGGAGACCUAAAACCCGCCAACAUACUCCUCGGCGCCGACUUCGUCACCAAGCUCGCGGACUUCGGGAUCUCAGGACUACUCCAGGCCUCCAACAACUCCACCGCCCUCUACCGCUGCACGCACGCGAUGGGCACCUUCGUCUACAUGGAUCCGGAGUUCCUCGCCUCCGGAGACCUCACGCCGCGCUCCGACGUGUAUUCGCUGGGUAUCAUCAUCCUGCAGCUGUUAACUGGGCGGCCGGCGUUCGGGAUCAACCGGGCGGUUCAGGACGCGGUGGAGGGGGAGUGCCUAGGCGAUUUGCUCGACGCGGCGGCGGGGGAGUGGCCGCGCGGUAAGGCGGAGCAGCUGGCGCAGCUAGGGCUGAGGUGCUGCGCGAUCGUGCGGAAGAGCCGCCCGGACGCGAGGGAGGCGUUGAGGCUGCUCGAGGCUAUCGCCAACUCCCCGACGCCGUCGUCCAAGUGA